UCGCGCCUCGCGCUCAGCCUAAGCCCUCCUUCCGGGAACGCGCAGCGGUCCGGGAGCGCGCGCGCCGCUGCAGUUUUUUCUAAGGCCUCCGCGUCGCGCCCCUUCUCGUCCCAGCUCUAGCGGGCACGCGGUCUUUUUCCUCCGGCUUCCCGAGUGCAAGGCACCGGCGGGCCGCAAAGACUCGGAGGGCUGCAACUCCGGUCGAAAUAAUAGAAGAUAUACGUGUUCUUAAGAGAAAGAAGAGAUCUGUGUUCUUUAUUGUCGGCUUCCAAAGAUUACUAACUUUUAUCUAUAUCAUUAAAAUUGAACUUCCUUGGCUAUACUGCUGCUUUUACUGCUGCUUCCAUUAUUGCCUUCUUCAGCAAAACAAGGCUUUCCAAAGCCAAAGAAUAACAAGAAAUAAACACCAUUUUAGAAGCCUUGCCACUAUGAAACUUAAGCUAAAUGUGCUCACCAUUAUUUUGCUGCCUGUCCACUUGUUAAUAACAAUAUAUAGUGCCCUUGUAUUUAUUCCAUGGUAUUUUCUUACCAAUGCCAAGAAGAAAAGCGCUAUGGCAAAGAGAAUAAAAGCUAAACCCACUUCAGACAAACCCGGAAGUCCAUAUCGCUCUGUCACACACUUCGACUCACUAGCUGUCAUAGACAUUCCUGGUGCAGACACUCUGGAUAAAUUAUUCGAUCAUGCUGUGGCCAAGUUUGGGAAGAAGGACAGUCUUGGGACAAGGGAAAUCCUAUGUGAAGAAAAUGAAAUGCAGCCAAAUGGAAAAGUUUUCAAGAAGUUAAUUCUUGGAAAUUAUAAAUGGUUGAACUAUCUCGAAGUUAACCAGAGAGUGAGUAACUUUGGUAGUGGACUCACUGCUUUGGGACUAAAACCAAAGAACACCAUUGCUAUUUUCUGUGAGACUAGGGCCGAAUGGAUGAUUGCUGCACAGACCUGCUUUAAGUACAACUUUCCACUCGUGACAUUAUAUGCCACACUUGGCAGAGAUGCUGUAGUUCAUGGAUUAAAUGAAUCUGAGGCUACAUAUCUGAUAACCAGUGUUGAACUUCUGGAAAGUAAACUCAAGAGUGCAUUUGUAGAUAUCAGUUGUGUUAAACAUAUCAUUUAUGUGGACAAGAAGACUAUCAAUAAAGCAGAAUACCCUGAAGGAUUAGAGAUUCACAGCAUGCAGUCAGUGGAAGAGUUGGGAUCCAAACCAGAAAAUGCAUGCAUUCCUCCAGAAAGGCCAACUCCUUCAGACAUGGCUAUAGUCAUGUACACUAGUGGUUCUACUGGCCGACCAAAGGGAGUGAUGAUGCAUCAUAGCAAUUUAAUAGCUGGAAUGACAGGCCAAUGUGAGAGAAUUCCUGGACUGGGACCAAAGGACACAUAUAUUGGCUACCUGCCUCUAGCUCAUGUGCUAGAAUUGACAGCAGAGAUAUCUUGCUUUACCUAUGGCUGUAGGAUUGGAUAUUCUUCUCCACUUACACUCUCGGACCAGUCCAGCAAAAUUAAAAAAGGAAGCAAAGGAGAUUGUUCUGUACUGAAACCUACUCUCAUGGCUGCUGUUCCAGAAAUCAUGGAUAGAAUUUAUAAGAAUGUUAUGAGUAAAGUCCAAGAGAUGAAUUAUAUUCAGAAAACUCUGUUCAAGAUAGGGUAUGAUUACAAAAUGGAACAGAUCAAAAAGGGGUAUGAUGCACCACUAUGCAAUCUGAUACUGUUUAAGAAGGUGAAGGCCCUGCUGGGAGGUAAUGUCCGUAUGAUGCUGUCUGGUGGAGCACCAUUGUCUCCUCAGACUCACCGAUUCAUGAAUGUCUGCUUCUGCUGCCCCAUUGGCCAGGGCUAUGGACUGACAGAAUCAUGUGGUGCUGGGACGGUUACAGAAGCUACUGAUUAUACUACUGGCAGAGUUGGAGCACCACUUAUUUGUUGUGAAAUUAAACUGAAAGACUGGCAGGAAGGUGGUUAUACAAUCCAUGACAAGCCAAACCCCAGAGGUGAAAUUGUAAUUGGUGGACAAAAUAUCUCCAUGGGAUAUUUUAAAAAUGAAGAGAAAACAGCAGAGGAUUACUCUGUGGAUGAAAAUGGACAAAGGUGGUUUUGCACUGGUGAUAUUGGGGAAUUCCAUCCUGAUGGAUGCUUACAGAUUAUAGAUCGUAAGAAAGAUCUGGUGAAGUUACAAGCUGGUGAAUAUGUCUCUCUCGGGAAAGUAGAAGCUGCUCUAAAGAACUGUCCACUUAUUGACAAUAUCUGUGCUUUUGCCAAAAGUGACCAAUCCUACGUGAUCAGCUUUGUGGUUCCUAACCAGAAAAAGUUAACACUUUUGGCACAGCAGAAAGGGGUGGAAGGAACUUGGGUUGAUAUCUGCAAUAAUCCAGUCAUGGAAGCUGAAAUACUGAAAGAAAUUAGAGAAGCUGCAAAUGCCAUGAAAUUGGAGCGAUUCGAAAUCCCAAUCAAGGUUCGCUUAAGCCCUGAGCCAUGGACCCCUGAGACUGGUUUGGUAACUGAUGCUUUCAAACUGAAAAGGAAGGAGUUGAAGAACCAUUACCUCAAAGACAUAGAGAGAAUGUAUGGGGGUAAAUAGAAUGUUCUCUCCAGUUUUCAGGUGUGCAGGAGGUGUUCUGGAGGUUUUUCAUUUAUAAACUUUUAAGCCUUUAUUGAGUUGUCUGUUAGAGUGCAAGGUAAAUCAUUCUAAAGACAUGAUUAUAAAACAAAACCAAAAGUGACUGAAAUAGUCUAUUUCAUUUAGUUUUGCAUAGUUCUAGUGAUGCUGUAAUUAAAAAGUUUAUCACCUUUUAGCUGUUAUUACUUUUGGAGUAUUUUUUAAAAUUAGCUUAAGGUAUGCUCGUUUUCUUGAAAAUAUUUAAUGCUGAACAAAAUAAAUCAAAGUUGAAGUAGAAUAUAGUUUAAGAAAAUCUACAGCUUCCAAUGUCUGCUGUCUUCCUAACUAGUUCAAAAAAGCUUAAAUAUUAAGCAUGACAAUAAAACAUAUGUACUAACACUAUUUGAAGCAGAAGUGGCUUCAGGGCUUUACAAUUCUCUUCCAGCCCUUUAUCUUGAAGGGAAUAUUCAAUCGUAAUAUAAUAUGCAGAAUCAAAUAAUAUCUUGAAAAUGAUUUUUAAGAUUCCUAAUAGUUACAUAAGUUAGACAUAGAAUCAUUGUAUUAUUGUGAAUAAUUACAGUGCCUGAAGUAAGAAUAAAGCAGCAUAAACACACCAAAAAUAUCUAGUAAUAUAUUUAAAGGGAAAUGGAACUGCUGUUUUGAAAUUUGGAAGUUGAAAAUUGGGAAGUAUUUGAAUGACAUAAGAGGAAAGUACAUUUUUGAAAAAUGCUCAAGUUGCUCAUCUGUCUAAAGUAAAAGAUUGAUAACCAAGAGUAAGGCAAUAGAAAGUUACUCAACUAUUAACAGGGAAUAUUUUUCUUUCUCUGUUAGAAAAAGUUGUGAAACCAUAAGCAUCUAGAAUCAUGGCUCUUGUGCAGCAGUGAACCUGGAUAAGAAAUUUAGAAUCUAAAUUUACCUUUGACAACAGGGAUUGAUUUUGAUAUGUACUUGUAUUAAAAUUACACCUAUAAUUUAAGGCCUGUUUGCUGUUGCUGAUUUGAUUUUUGAUCAAUAGUUUGUAUUUCAUAAAGCUUCUCAUUUUGAUUUACUUUUAGCAAAGCAGGUUAUGAUGAAUGGCUUCUCUAAUAACUUGUUUGAUUCCAUGAAUUAAUCAUCUUGAUAAAUUUGGGGGAUGUCAAAGGGAAGAAAAACAUCGUUACCACUUUUUUCUGUUUGUGAAGAGUUUAGAAACUGGAAAUACUAGAUUUGGGAGAAGAACAGUUAUUCAACAAGGAACCUAAUAUUUGUGCAGUAGCUUGGAGUGUGGGCUUAGUUUUGAACUUUCCACUUAAGUUUGGGAUGGUAUAUCCCUAACAGAUAUUCACACUUGAACCUUAGUUACUGUAAGAAGCAAAAACUUUUAAUACAGUUAUCCUUUGCACUUUUUUCUUAAUCAUUUAUAUAUAUAUACAUAUAUAAAUAUGUUGCUGACACAUAUAUAUGUUGCUUAAGACAUUGCUUUGUAUAGAUGUGUGCCACCACUGCAACAAAAUAUGUUCUUUUUCCUCUGAAAUAUUUAUAGAGAAAAUAUUUAAAUGUUAUGUAUAUGGUGGUAAAAAAAAAAAAGGAAAAAAUCAUCUGGUAUUAUUAUAAGUGAGAAUGAAGGUUUUUUUGUAAAGUUCUCUGUCCGGUGUUCUGAAAUGUAAAGUUGAAGGCAAGUUCUCCCUGAAGUUAUGUGUAUGUGAGUACUAUUAUUCUCCCAAACUUGCCUUUGAAGAAUGAAAAAAACAUUGUCAUUUAGACUACUAUUCAUCUUCUACUAUUUCCGGCCCAUGUGAUCUCUUAAGGAUAAUUUCAUCAGAAUUUUUCGAUGUGUGAUUUUUUUUUUCCCAUUUGGAAUGGUGAUUUUAAAUGUGUGAGUGCAUGCAUAUUCAGAUAUUCUCACCUCUGCCCCACUCACCCUAUCUCCCGAAAGCUAGAACACUGCCAACUAAGCUGUUGUAUAGGUCCUUUAGAAACAUGCAAUUACACUUAAGGUUGGGUGCUGCUAAUUCUUUAUGAAAAUCCAAAUAUUGUUAAGGGACCAGGGAGAUGCCACUACCCCCUAAUUUUUCAUCAGUAAUAAAUUGUUUGUGUAAACAGAUCUUUCCAUAUUCAUAUUGACUUUUCAAGUAUUUGAGCCUAAAUAUUUUAAUCUUACAUUUUGUACCUGUUAAAAUCGUUUGAUGUUAUUAUGUCAACCAUCAAAUAAAGCUGUACUUAAAAUUUUACUACAGUUAUGUACAUUUUAAGUCAAACACUUACGAUUUUUGCUUUAAUUACAUGAAAAUAUCUUGCUUCCGUGAUAUUUGUAUUCACUUUUUUUCUUAGAGUGAAAGUAUAAUUUUAUGCCUUUUUAGAAUUGAAAUACAAAUGAAUGCUUCAAAAAGUCAGAUGUUGAGGGUAAUGUUUUUUGAUCAUAGAGGUUGAUUGGUGAUCAUUACUUAUAUUUUCUUGGUAACAUGACAAGUGUUUCAGAGGUAAGAAGAUGAGAACAUGUUAAAGACUGUGUGAUGUUUGGUAUUUAGAAAGAAAUAUUUUAAUUUUUAGAUGUUGUUACAAAUUACAAUGUAUUCACACUUGUACAUCGAUGCUCGAUUGCAGAGUUGUUACUUAGAUUUUUUAGUUUAUUCUUGAUGAAAAGCUUUGUUCUUGUUUUUAAGUUUGCACUUGAAUCUUAAGAAAUAAAUCCAAUCAUGCUAUAAAGUUAA